AUGGAGGUAGAAAACGAAGAACGAAUUGACAUGGCAUUGACCGGAUUCGGCCUAUCAGCGGAACAGGACAAACGUAAACGGAGUAAAGGUAAGAUUGAUUUUAAAGAUGUCGCUACUGCUAGCGUACUUUUCGCAUCUAAAGAUGAUAAAGUUUCAAUUUGUAUUUUUUGUAAAUCAAAUCACGAGAGUCGCGAUUGUGAAGAAGCGCGGAAACUUGAUUCAGCAGAGCGUUCUGCAGUCGUUAAAAAAGAAAGAUGCUGUUUUAAAUGUCUAAAGCGCGGGCAUAUUUCUAAAUUGUGUAGAGUUCGAUUGAAAUGUGAUUGGUGUGCGGGUAAACAUGUAUUGUUGAUGUGUCCGGGUAUUGGUCAAGGCAACGGUUUAGAACGGAGAAAGAUUGAUUCGAGUAGUAAUGAGAAAUUAAUAGUUGAAAAUAAUUUGGCAAGUUUUAGUAAUUCUUCGUUUAAAAUUUGUUUACAAACAUUGCGCGUGAAAUUGUUUUCGAAGAAUCGAGAGAAAAUUGUAAGAGUUCUUAUAGACACCGGUUCUCAACGAUCAUAUGUUCGUGAUGAUCUUGCGAGAGAGAUGGACUACGUGUCAGAAGGGGAAAUGAAAAUGACUCAUUCUUUAUUCGGUGGGGCGAAAUCCAAGUGUGAAACACACAGCGUGUAUAAGAUUCGAGUGAGAAGUCUCGACAACCAAUAUGUUUGUAAUUUUUUGGCGAUAAGUCAGGGUAUUAUUUGUGAUACGGUUCCAAGUAUUAAUCAUGAUGUUUGGGUUGAGGAAUUGUAUACAAAGGGUAUCGUCUUGUCGGAUGUUGGUUCGAGCGAUAGAGGUUGUAUAGAUAUUCUCGUCGGUGCAGAUAUAGCGGGGAAAUUGCUUACAGGAAAAAGAUACGAAUUAGAGAAUGGGUUAGUAGCUCUCGAAACCUUGUUAGGUUGGACCGUAAUGGGUAAAUUGCCUAAUGUUACGAAAGAGAUGGAUGCCGCGAUGCUUAUUAAUGUCAUGUUUGUUAAAGAGGCGGAUCCAUGCGAUUUGUGGCGCUUAGAUGUUAUAGGGAUCAAAGAUCCAAUUGAAAAAGUAAACAAAAGUAUAAAAGAUGAACAAACGUUAAAAUUUGUAAUAGAUAAUGCAAAAUUGACCGGGGAAAAUCGAUACGAAAUUUCUUUGCCGUGGGUAGAAGAGCAUGCACCUAUCCCAGAUAAUUAUGACAUUUCAUAUAAAAGAUUAAUAAAAACAAUUGAAAAAUUAAAAACUAAAAAUCUUUAUAGUGAUUAUGACGCUGUUUUCAAAGAAUGGAUAAACGAAGGAAUCAUUGAGGAACUAAGGUCCCUUUCCUCAUGGAACGUCACAUAUGAAAAAACGCAAAAAGAGGUUCACUAUUUACCGCAUCGUCCGGUGGUCAAAUUGCAGAGUACGACUAAGAUUCGACCAGUGUUUGACGCGUCAACCAAGCGAGAAAGUUGUCCAUCCUUAAAUCAAUGCUUAGAACAGGGACCAAAUUUAAUCGAACUCGUGCCAGACUCGUUGAAUCGGUUUAGAGAAAGGGCCAUUGGGGUAAUAGCAGACAUACGAAAAGCUUUUUUGCAAAUAAGUGUUAAUGAAGCAGAUAGAGAUUAUCUUAGAUUUCUUUGGAUUCGAGAAAACAAGACUUUAGUAUUUCGUCAUUGCAGAUUAGUAUUUGGGCUGUCAUGUAGUCCGUUCGUUUUGGCCGCUAUAAUAAAAUUGCUUUUGAGUUCGGCUCAGAAAAAAGCAAUAAAUUCGCAAGUUCAGUGGACCGAGAAAACAGUGAAAAACUUGUGUGAAGCAUUUUAUGUGGAUAAUUGUACUACUAGUGUAGACUCUGAAGCAGAAUUACAAACAUUCAAGUAA